GCUAACUAGGCGACGCUAAUUUGACGGACAUACAUAUUUAUUCUUCUCUAAGUUUACUAUGCGAGAAAAUUUGUUUAUAAGAUGGGUUCAACAAUGGUAAAACCGUUGGUAAAAAAUGGAAAUUUAUUGGAUGUAUUGCCAUCGCAGGGUACUCUACAUGUAGUCAUGUUAGGAUUAGAUUCUGCGGGAAAAUCAACGGCACUAUACAGACUAAAGUUUGAUCAGUAUUUGAACACAGUCCCAACAAUUGGAUUUAAUUGCGAGAAGGUUCAAGGAACAAUUGGAAAAGCAAAGGGUGUGCAUUUUCUAGUUUGGGAUGUGGGAGGACAGGAAAAAUUAAGACCACUUUGGCGAAGUUACACUCGUUGCACAGAUGGUAUUUUGUUCGUCAUCGAUUCUGUUGAUAUAGAACGUAUGGAAGAGGCAAAAAUGGAAUUAAUGCGCACAGCAAAAUGUCCGGAUAAUCAGCCCUUUUAAAGCUGUUAAGGCAAGCAAUCUGGCAACCCCGUCUAUCUGGCAAUUUUGACAACCGAACUUCCGCUUGAUUGGCUUGUUCUUUUGCGAUCAAAACGCCAAAGUGAAAAGUUGUCUAGCCGAACGUUGGCUGUGGAUGAGCCCAGCCGUUCGCCGCUGCACGUGCGUUGUGGUUGUGGCGAAAAGACUCCAGGAAGUGUUAGAAAACCCCCCCGAUAGUUUACGUAGCGCUCAUCAAAAGCCUACGUCCAGCAACGGAUCGAGUUUCGACCCAGAGGUCUACGGCGGAGACACCGCGUGGAUCAUCGGCCAGAGAUCCAGGAAAAGCUUUCCUCGAUCAGCCCCUAAACGUGCGCGAACCCGGUCCAGACUCGAACCACGAUAGGCGAGGUCUGUGGCCGGCGACGUGUGCGUGAUUGGGGCAGCAGAAGAUCAGGAGCGGAGCUGGAACCUGGCCAACCCAGGAGCGUGGAGGACAUAACCUCACUUUCCGGCGCAGAACCGCAUGUUCGUUUGGGCCGACCUCGACCAAGUGAUGGGCUAGCCGACGAUCGCUGAGGCAGACAUCUCGUCCAUAGUGACGAUUCAACAAUAACAACCAGGAGAGAAGCGCGACAAGCUGUGCCAGGAUUAGUGUAUUAUUAAGUAGAAUUUAAUUUUUAUUAUUUUUUUUGUAAAUCAUUUUGGAUCGUACCUAGACUCAUCUUCUUUUCCUGUAGAGCAUUGAUAAGAUUUUGGCAACAUGCAUCAAAACUCCAUAAUUUAAUUCGCAUUUUUAACCCGAUCACCCCAAAACAUCCAGCGUUAUCGUCUACACGCCUGUGGACUUCGAGGGAUGGUUGCGUGAGUAAACAUUGUGACUUGAUCAUGUAACAGUGCCUCUAGAGGAAAACAUAUGAAUAGUCAGUCCAUAUCCAAAUGAUUGGGUAGACGUUCUACCUUAACUCCUACUUUACAUACAUACAUAUAAUUCUUUAUCUACACAUUUUACAUUACAUUCCAAUUUGUUAAUUAAGCUAUAUUAAACUCAUUUUGUAGGAUUAGGACCAAUUAGGAGUAAGGGUUUAGGUUAGGCAGAGUCUGAAGAAGAAGCAAUUAUGUUUUUGUAUUGAAGUUUGAUUUUGAAAUGAAGUGAAUUUAUAAUUUUAUGGGCACCUGA